CAAGGUAAAGAAAGGAUUGUUGACAAGAACUAAAGAUCUCCAAGAAGAUAAUGGAAGAUCCACUUUUAUUGGAAGACGAUCAGAUAAUCACCGGAAGUCUUAAGCCGACGCCGACAUGGAGGAUGAAUUUCACGGCCGAGCUAAAGAACGUCAGUCGCAUGGCGUUGCCUAUGGCCACCGUGACCGUUGCUCAAUAUCUAUUGCCUGUUAUCUCAGUCAUGGUCGCCGGCCACCGCAGCGAACUUCAGCUCUCCGGCGUCGCUCUUGCCACUUCUUUUGCAAACGUCUCUGGCUUCAGCCUCAUGUUUGGUUUAGUUGGUGCACUUGAAACUCUAUGUGGCCAAGCUUAUGGAGCAAAACAAUACGCGAAAAUCGGAACUUACACUUACUCUGCAAUAGUCUCAAACGUACCUAUAGUUGUUCUCAUAUCGAUUCUCUGGUUUUACAUGGACAAACUCUUGAUUUCAAUCGGACAAGAUCCUGACAUCUCCAAGGUAGCUGGUUCCUACGCGGUUUGUCUUAUACCGGCAUUGUUAGCUCAAGCGGUGCAACAACCUUUGAAUCGGUUUCUCCAGACUCAGGGCUUGGUUCUUCCUCUUCUCUACUGUGCCAUCACCACACUUUUGUUCCAUAUAUUCGUUUGUUUGGUUCUGGUUUACGCGUUUGGUCUUGGAAGCAAUGGAGCCGCAUUGGCUAUUGGUUUGUCUUACUGGUUUAAUGUCUUGAUUCUUGCUUUAUAUGUGAGAUUUUCAAGCUCUUGCGAGAAGACUCGCGGCUUUGUAUCCGAUGAUUUCGUGUUGAGUGUCAAGCAGUUUUUUCAGUAUGGGAUACCAUCAGCAGCAAUGACUACCAUCGAAUGGUCGUUGUUUGAGCUCCUUAUAUUAUCCUCAGGACUCCUCCCAAACCCGAAACUCGAGACCUCUGUUCUUUCCAUUUGUCUUACAACAUCAUCUCUCCAUUAUGUCAUUCCAAUGGGUAUCGGGGCGGCUGGAAGCGUACGGGUUUCAAACGAAUUGGGAGCGGGGAAUCCGGAGGUUGCUAGGCUGGCAGUGCUUACCGGUAUUUUCCUUUGGUUCCUAGAGGCUACCAUUUGUAGCACACUUCUCUUCAUUUGCAGAAAUAUCUUCGGCUACGCCUUCAGCAACAGCAAAGAAGUUGUGGACUAUGUCACAGAGCUAUCUCCUUUGCUUUGUAUCUCAUUUAUGGUUGAUGGAUUUUCUGCAGUGCUUGGUGGGGUUGCUAGGGGAAGUGGAUGGCAACAUAUUGGAGCUUGUGCAAAUGUUGUGGCUUACUAUCUCCUAGGAGCUCCGGUUGGACUUCUCUUAGGAUUUUGGUGUCACAUGAACGGUAAAGGGCUAUGGAUCGGUGUGGUGGUUGGGUCUACGGCGCAAGGAAUCAUACUAGCUAUAGUCACUGCUUGCAUGAGUUGGAAUGAGCAGGCUGCCAAGGCAAGAAAGAGAAUAGUUAUUGAUAAAUGUCUCCUCUCUGAAGUCGUGCGUUCUCAUGUCUGUUCUCUAUCACAAGUUCCAAGGAAGAUAAUGGAAGAUCCACUUUUAUUGGGUCAUGAUCAGUUAAUCACUAGAAACCUAAAGUCAACGCCGACAUGGAGGAUGGAUUUUACGGCGGAGCUGAAGAACGUCAGCCGCAUGGCGGCGCCUAUGGCCACCGUGACCGUUGCUCAAUAUCUAUUGCCCGUUAUCUCGGUCAUGGUAGCCGGCCACCGCGGUGAACUCCAGCUGUCUGGUGUCGCUCUUGCCACUGCUUUCGCAAACGUCUCCGGCUUUGGCAUCAUGUAUGGUUUAGUGGGUGCACUUGAAACUCUAUGUGGCCAAGCUUAUGGAGCAAAACAAUACGAUAAAAUCGGAACUUACACUUACUCUGCAAUAGUCUCAAACGUACCCAUUUGUCUUCUUAUAUCUAUCCUCUGGUUUUACAUGGACAAACUCUUGAUUUCAAUCGGACAAGACCCUGACAUCUCCAAGGUAGCUGGUUCCUAUGCGGUUUGUCUAAUACCAGCAUUGUUAGCUCAAGCGGUACAACAACCUUUGACUCGGUUUCUCCAGACUCAGGGUUUGGUUCUCCCUCUUCUCUACUGUGCCAUAACCACCCUUUUGUUUCAUAUACCCGUUUGUUUGACUCUGGUUUACGCGUUUGGUCUUGGAAGCAAUGGAGCCGCCUUGGCUAUUGGUUUGUCUUACUGGUUUAAUGUCUUAAUUCUUGCUUUAUAUGUGAGAUUUUCAAGAUCUUGCGAGAAGACUCGGGGUUUUGUAUCCGAUGAUUUCGUGUUGAGUGUCAAGCAGUUUUUUCAGUAUGGGAUACCAUCAGCAGCAAUGACUACCAUAGAAUGGUCGUUGUUUGAGCUCCUUAUAUUGUCCUCAGGACUCCUCCCAAACCCGAAACUCGAGACCUCUGUUCUUUCGAUUUGUCUUACAACAUCAUCUCUCCACUGUGUCAUUCCAAUGGGUAUCGGGGCUGCUGGAAGCACACGGAUUUCAAACGAAUUGGGAGCGGGGAAUCCCGAGGUUGCUAGGCUGGCAGUGUUCGCCGGUAUUUUCCUGUGGUUCCUAGAGGCUACCAUUUGUAGCACACUUCUCUUCACUUGCAAAAAUAUCUUCGGGUAUGCCUUCAGCAAUAGUAAAGAAGUUGUGGACUAUGUCACGGAGCUAUCUUCUCUGCUUUGUCUCUCAUUUAUGGUUGAUGGAUUUUCUUCAGUUCUCGAUGGGGUUGCUAGGGGAAGUGGGUGGCAAAAUAUUGGAGCUUGGGCAAAUGUGGUGGCUUACUAUCUCCUAGGAGCUCCGGUUGGAUUUUUCUUAGGAUUUUGGUGUCACAUGAACGGUAAAGGGCUAUGGAUUGGUGUGGUCGUUGGGUCUAUGGCUCAAGGCAUCAUACUAGCUAUAGUCACUGCUUGCAUGAGUUGGGAGGAGCAGGCUGCCAAGGCAAGAAAAAGAAUAGUUGGAAGAACAUUGGAGUGAAAACACACAAGUUUAAACUUAACUGGUACUCUUUCUGUUUAUAUAUAAGUGUACGUUUAAGGUUUUGACACGUGUAUUAAGAAAAUAAAUAAAGUUUCUACCU